AGUUAGAAGACACUUCUCAGUGGUUAACAGCCUAACACAUUCCACUUUCGUGCUGAUUGUCUAAUCGGACACUGGAGACAUGGGGACCCUGUUUCCCCAAAAAGGAAGGGGGACACACUGGAUGACUACACCCCUGAAUGCAAUUUAAACAUUUAAUCUGCCUUAACUCAUUUGAAAAAGAGGCUGAAGACAGGUGGAUGCCCUGAGGAAUUCAAGAACAAAGAGAUUGCUUUAUUUACAAGGACUAUAACGGGUAUUCAUUUGGAAGGCCUUUUGACCAGCUAACAAAGGCACCACACCUCGGCAACCGCGGCCCCUGUGGCAUAUCGAGCUCAAGGCUUCCCCCUGCUGCAGAGAAAGGGAACUCUUACACGCUCACACGGAGACGGAAGCAACUUUUCCCUCCCUCUCCUCAAUCCCUCCCUUGCCUGGUUACGCAAACACUGAGCCGGCGGGAGGAACCGGGCUCAGUUAGGGGGAGGUAAGAAGCGCUCUCCGAAGGGAGCUGCAGCGCACAAAAGCAACGCCUUCCGUUUUGCCGGCUGACGGAAUCGUAGCUUUUUUUUUUAUCAUGGACCGCAUGUAUGAAGAGGUGUCAGAUUGUGAAGUGGAUCACUCUUUCUUUGAUAGCGACUUUGAAGAAGAGAUGAAGAAAAAUGGGGUGGUAACAAAAACAGAUGAGAAGGAAAAUGGUGAGGACAUACAAACAGAAGCUACAAUUAUAGGCAAAUCUGACUUAAAAAUGGAAACCAAAGUGGUGGAAGAUAACUGUACCAAGGAAGAAAGAGCAGAGAAAGAGACAGAAUCUCAGGAGGAGCACACCUUAGACAAUGAUGAUUCUCACCCUGAUAAUUCUGUGCCCUUGUUAGCUUCUGUAAAUUCAGAGAAUGCAAGCACAUCUUGUAGAAUUUCAGCACAAAGUAAAGGAUUGCAUGAAAAAAAUACUUCAACUCAAGUUACCCAAACAGUUAAAGAAUCUGAGGAAAAUUAUUAUACAGAUGGAGAAGACAGUAGUGAUGACAGCAGAAACCAGAGGGUUAGACUUAAGUUAUCUAAGCAGUCCAACAGUGUAAAAGUUAACAAGAAUAUUGCAGUCAGUUCUUCCUCAUCUUCCUCCUCACGUUCCCCAUCCUGUAGUUCUGAUACAGAUUGCUCAAACACAGAUUCUGAUAGUUGCUUGUCAGAUUCAUCCUGCUCUUCUUCCAAAAAGAAAAGCAUAUGUAGGCUGACACUUCUUUCUCCAAGACAAAAAUCUAGCCCAGGAAUUAUGUCAGUGGAAGUAAAACCAAAGUUGGUUGACUGUGCAGAAGAGUCUGAAGAUACAGUGACUGAUGUAACUCCUUUGUCAACACCAGACAUCAGUCCCAUCCAGUCUUUUGAACUUGCAGCAUCUAAUGAUAAGAAACUAAAGGUUAAAAGACAAGAAAAUGUGAGCCAGGAUUUAUAUGAACCCGAUGUGGAUCACAGAUGUCAUGAAAAGGUCCUGCAGGAAGCUGUGGACUUGAACCAUCUUUUGAAAGCUUUUUUGCAGCUGGAGAAAAAGGAACAACAGAAGCUGGUCUUGGAUCAGUCAUCUAUAGGGUCAAGGAAAAACUACUCUUUCACAAAUGAGGAAGUUCGACAAAUUGAUCGGGAAAACCAAAGGCUCUUAAAGGAAUUGACAAAACACUCUGCAAAGCCCAGAAGCAAAAGUGCCUCGAUAAAGAAACCUUCAGGCCCAACACCUAAGAUGUACCACAGUGCCAUCAACAGGCAGAGGGAACAGCAAAGGAUUGACAGAGAGAAUCUGGCUUUUUUGAAGAGACUUGAAGCUGUGAAACCAACAGUUGGUAUGAGGCGUUCAGAACAGCUUAUGGACUAUCAGCGGCAGAUGAACUACCUUAGUUCAGCUCCAACCCCAAGGCGAGGAAAGUCUGCUUUGAGCCACCACAGCCCCUCUCGAGGUACUUCACGAGCAUCUAGUCACAGUGCCUCCAGUACGGUGAGUCGAAGGAGUGAGAGGCCUGUUUAUGACUCAUCCAGUGGUGCCCUGCAGCGAUUGAAACCCACUAAUAUUCGUGGUGCCUGGCUAUAAGUUAUUUGCACUUCGCCACCAGAUUUUUAAUUCUGAUGUAUUUGCAGAUUGCUGUUAAGUCUGUGCAAGAGUAUUGUAAUAUUCACUGUUGGUGAUUAAAGGACACUGUAAAGUGAUAUUAACUACGAACAGAUACAACAUUGGCUUGUUUUGUUUUGUUUUUGUGAGCAAGCAAAAUCUCUAUUAUAUCUCGGAUAAUAUGUUCCCAAUCAGUGUUUCCACUGAUAAUAUGUUUGUAGAAGGAAAGUGGCGCUGUAAACCUUAUUUAUAUUCUUCAAUCUCUAAGUUCAGAUUUGCAAAGUAGAGGGUUGAAUUGUUGCACUUUUGGACCAGAAGUAUAAAAAAAUGUGUUUGAUUUUUUUAACAUACAAUAAAAAUUUAUAUUGGUA